UCGCGCGAGAGUACCGCGAUCUCGAUCAUCCGACUGUCACUCGAUCGAAGGAUCGGGCGUGAUCGUUCUCCGUUGAGAAAUAAAUAUCUUUUUAAGCGAAUAACAUUUUGGAGAACAUCAUGGCGGUGAAGGCCACGAUUUUGGUGCUGAUGGUCACACUGGUGGUUGUCGCGUCCGCUGGAUUGCUUGAGACCCUGCUCUCGUGGAAUUUGCCGGAAGUCGAAGCGAGAUCGGCCACGCCGCAGUCCAAGUGCUUGUGCCAGACUUCCGGUUGUCUGUGCUGUGUCGAAUUGAACUUGACAGCCACGAUCGAUCUAGGUGGCCCGGCUUGCAUCAACAUCAAACAGAGGGAACAGAAUGUCUCUUUAAAUCUGAGCUACGGCGAUAAUCCUAUUCACAAUGCGACAAUAAAGAUUGCGAAUGCGGCUAAUAAACCGACUUGCAUGAAUCUCUUGUCGGACUUGGCGCAAAUCUGCGCACGAUUUACAUCGAUAAAGCAAUCUGACUUCGGCGGUUACGACGGUUGUAUGGUGAUCGAGCCGGCUUUGUUGAGCACGCCGCAGGCCACAUAUUACAUGGGAUGUUUCAAUUUCUAUCAAGGUGUCCGGCAGGUGGAAGUGGCCGCCAUCACGGAGACGACGGAACCCGUCGAUACGUCGGAGGACGAAGAAGACACUCUGAACACCGACGAGAUAAUCGCCGCGGUGUCCGCCAGCGCCGAGCACGGUAUCGCGCUGUUCACUCAAUGGCUGGGUCUCAAUCUCAAUCCAAAGCUAAAUCUGACAAACAAAGAGAAUGGAUCUCAGGACCAGCAGCAACAACGAACCAACGACGCCACCACAACCUCGAGAUCGGCACGCAACAUGAUGGACAUCCAGGCUGAAAAGAACGACGAGAGGUUUAAGCAACUAUUGAGCGCUCAGGACAACGUUUUGAGAGGCUCGGCGACUAUCGGACAGUCCAACGGCAUGGAGACCACCUUCGUUUACUCCAAACCGACCGAUUUGAUAAUUGAGAAGAACGCGACCGAGGAGGCUAAAAGAAAACUUGAAGCGGAGGCCGCUGUGCCGCAGCAUCGGGUCGUCGUACCGAGAGAGUCCAGGAGAGGCGGAAGAGCGUACAACAUUCAUCAGCACGUUAACGAGAUCUGAGGUGCGAGAAUUCGGUCGUACAGAAUGCUAUACUGGCGACCCUUUUCUUUAGAGCUAAAGUGCCGCACGUAGACUAUACUUGCACACGGAGCUGGGCAAUAGAAAAAAGAUUUUCGCUUCGUCCUACUGCUGCUUUUCAAAGACUAAUUAUGGUAAUUCAAUCUUUGCAAUUAGCAUGAUCGUGAUCUCAGAUAAUAUCUUGAAGUUUUGAUAGUGGCAAAAAAUUAUCACUAUAAUAUUAUCAAAUUUAUGGCAUUAUAAAAUGAGAUAAAGAAUUGUAACUUCGCAUUAUAC